AUGACCAAAUUUCUUCAGAACUUUCUCUCUCUCUACCUAAACCAUCUCCAUCCCACCACCACACCUCCACCAUCAACACCACCGUCGCCACCGCACCUUCAUUGUCACCACCACCACUACACCGUCACCACCACAACACCCACCACCGCUGCACCUCCAAAAUACCCACCACCGCCGCGCAUACACACCAUCAUCCUCACCCUCCUCAUCUCCGCCCAGCUCACAUUCGUCGCCGACAACUCCGGCGACGUAAACACUCUAGUUUUCGAAAACCCAAGACUCCGGCAAGCCUACAUUGCCUUACAAGCAUGGAAAACCGUCAUAUUAUCCGACCCAUAUAACUUCACCACCAACUGGACCGGUCCAAACGUCUGCUCCUACGGCGGCGUUUACUGCGCCCCAUUCCCAACCAACCCCUCCAUCCGUGUAGUCGUCGGAAUCGACCUCAACCACGGCGACAUCGCCGGUUACCUCCCAUCGGAGCUCGGUCUGUUAACCGAUCUAGCCCUAUUCCACAUCAACUCAAACCGGUUUUGUGGAACUGUUCCUACAAGUUUUGAAAAAUUGACAUUACUUUAUCAGUUAGAUAUAAGUUACAAUCGGUCGUGUUCAGAGGAAGAAUUAAGUUUGGGCAGUUUGUUGGUGGUUGAGGGUAGUGGUUGGGGAUGGUUGCUGAUGGUGGCUGGAGAAAGGAUGGAAUCUGGAAAUGAGACUGUGUUGGAAGAUGAAAGUGGUGGUGUUGUUGAUGAAAUUAAUGUUGAAGUGGUUGAAUCUUCUGGGAGUGUUGGUGAGAUUAGUGAGCAGAGUUCCAACAAAAUUGAUACUAAUGGGGAUACUUCAAAGAACAAUAAAUCUACUAGUGCAUCGGUUCGAAAGCCAAGGGCAAACUUGUCUCAAAGUUCAUCAUUUUCGGCUAAAACCCGAACCCAUGAUGGGCAAUCGGUGAAACCACGAGUCGGGUCAAAGGGUGAAUCCACUUUAGCAGGUUUGCAUCCCGCGACUAGAAAAUCACACGGUGGAGUGAAGUUAGUUGAAUCAAGUGCAAAAAGCAGUGGCUCGGCUACUCGAAGAGCCACUUUAGAUUCGGUGCCAAGUGCGAGCAAGUCAAGGGCUAAGAAAACCAAUGGAAAUGAAGACGGAAUCCCUUCUAAAGACGUGUUAUCAUCUGAUCAGCACUCUAAAGCGAUCAAAACCGCAGUGCCAGUUAAAGAAGAUGACGACACUCAUUCGACAUCCUCAUCUGGGCAACGUAGGAACAGUGUCCCCGGCUUUUCUUUCAGAUUGGAUGAACGUGCGGAAAAGCGAAGAGAAUUCUUUUCAAAGUUGGAAGAAAAGAGUCAUGCAAGAGAAGUGGAAAAGACUACUUUGCAAGAAAAGUCAAAGGUAACCCAAGAAGCUGAAAUCAAGAAGUUAAGAAAGAGUUUGACUUUCAAAGCAGCACCGAUGCCGAGUUUUUACAAAGAGCCCCCUCCUAAAGUGGAACUUAAGAAGAUACCAGUCACGCGUCCAAAAUCUCCGAAACUAGGCAGAAAUAAGAGCUCUAUGGCUUCUGUAAACCGAACCGUGGCUGCGGUGAGCCCACGGGUCAGGGACCAGCCUGCAUCAAGUGCAGUCAACCUUAACAAAGACACCGUUACAUCCAAGAAACCAGCUAGAAAGCCCGAAGCCAACGCCUCAUCUUCAAAGACAGAAGUCAAACCUGAAAAGUCAACAGAAAUACCUGAUAAACUAGAAGAUCAAGAAAAGGACCAGGAUUCAGAUGAACAGUUUCAAGAAGUUCAAGUCCCGUCAGUGAAUACUCUCGAAGUUGAAGAAUGGAUCGAAAUUAGUCCUCAAAAGAAUGCAGUAGCAGAGGAAUCACCCGAUCAGGGUACGACACCUGGAGACAUUGUGAUCGUCGGAGGUUAGAAUGUGCCAUGAAAUGCUUCUUUCUGAAUACUUGUAGUUAAUAGGUUUAUGAUUUAUGUUUGUGUGAAAAAUUUAAGGUUUUUGGGUUGUGAAUAGUGUGGUAAAAGAUUGUUUGUGUAUAUGGGUCUCUACAGGUUUUGCAUAAGCUUUCUUUCUUGAUCUUUAAGGUUGUAAUAUGCAAAA